AGGUGCAGGUAACAACGACAAGCGACAAGAAGAACAAAAGAAAAAUGUACAGACAGAGUAAAAGAGAACAAAACAAAAACAUUAAACAAUAAAGUAUGCUAAACAAAUAAGAAAAGAAAUUAAAGGUUAAAAAAAUGUUGGCUAAAUAACUUACCGUAGGCUAACAACAAAAUAUUUAUUGUUAGGUUCUGGUUGUUUUAUGUUGCUGUAGAACGAUUUAAGCUGUAAUUUGGGAAAGUGAACUUUACAAGAGCUUAAGUUGAAAAUAAAUCAUACCCGAGACAUGUCAGAAAGAGAAAAAAUUCCAUUUUCCAAGCAGAUGCGCUUAGCAACGAGAGAAGUACAUGCGAUAAGUGAUGCCAUGGUUAACGCAAAACUUGCUUUUGCGAUGUCAGAUAAUUCAGUGUGGGCAGAAGGCUUACUCGUCUUCUAUGAAAUCUUUCGCUAUCUGGAAGAAGCCAUGGUUCGUCUAAAAGGAACACCGGUUGGGGAGUUUAAGUUUGAAGAAUUGAUGCGAACUGAAGCCUUCCAAAAAGAUCUUGAGUUUUAUCUUGGAGUAAACUGGGCCAAGAACUAUACACCCAGAGAGAGUGUGGUCAAGUAUCUGAUUCAUCUGCAAACAAUCGAAAAGGAAACCCCAAUCCUUCUCAUGGCUUACAUCUAUCACCUCUACAUGGGUUUGCUAUCAGGGGGACAAAUACUUGUUAAGAAACGAGAAUUGGGAAGUAAGUUAAAUCCAUUUCAAAAGAAGAAUGAAAAGUCAGCUGAUGGUAACUCUGUCACGAAUUUCGGGGAUCACUCCAUAUCUAGUUUGAAAAAAAAGAUAGUAGACACGACCAACAGCAUUGCUUUGGAUCUUGACGAGGAAACAAAAGAGAAGUUACUGGAAGAAAGUAAAAUGGUUUUUGUUCUGAACAAUUCAAUGAUUAGAACAAUUCAAGGAACCUCGUUUGUGUUUUUAAAAAAAGUCUUAGCUAUUUUGUUUUUUAUUUUUUUGAUUAUUGCACUGUAUCGUUGGCUAUUUUAGAGAGUAAGCGGUUAUUGUUUAUGGCUGUGUCAAAUAAGUAGUGAAUUCAUGUCUAAGUCAGUUAAUGAAUACUGUAUUAGAGAUAUUAUAAUGUAUUGAUUGUUAAAUCUGAAUUACACAAUUUUA